AAAACAAAACUCCAAACUAAAAAAAACACUGCAGUUUCAACAAUGGCAGAGGCAAAAAACAACGGUGUCGAGACGAUCAACGGCGAUUGUCACGAUUUUAAGUCCCUUCUCUCUUCUCCGGACCGGGAUUUCCUCGUACGCAACAACGCUGAUCAGGUUAAAAUCGAUAGCUUGAAGGGGAAGAAGCUUGGAUUGUAUUUCUCAGCAUCUUGGUGUGGUCCAUGUCGAAGAUUCACCCCGAAUUUGAGUGAGGUGUACUCCGAGCUCUCUCGGAAAGGCGAUUUCGAAGUCAUUUUCGUCUCGGCAGAUGAAGAUGAAGAGUCAUUCAAUGGUUAUUUCUCUAAGAUGCCAUGGCUUGCAAUCCCUUUCUCCGAUUCCACGACUCGCAAGCAAUUGGACGAGUCGUUCAAGGUAAUGGGAAUACCCCAUCUCGUGCUUUUGGAUGAAAAUGGUAAAGUCUUGACAGAUGAGGGGGUUGGGAUUAUUAGAGAGUAUGGAGAGGAAGGGUACCCUUUCACCUCAGAAAAGAUCCAAGAAUUAAAAGAUCUGGAAGAAAAGGCCAGGAAGGAACAGUCUAUCAAAACUCUCUUGGUUUCCCGAUCUCGUGACUUCGUUGUUACAUCCGAUGGAAAUAAGGUACCGAUUUCCGAUCUUGAGGGAAAGACUGUAGGUCUAUAUUUCUCGGCGUUUUCUUUCAAGCCAUCUGCUGAUUUUACUCUAAAACUCGCUGAAGUCUAUAAGAAAUUGAAAGAAAAGGGGGAGGAUUUUGAGGUUGUUAUGAUAUCGAUUGAAGACAAAGAGGAAUCCUUCAAGGAAAGCUUUGGGGCACCUUGGUUGGCAUUGCCUUUCAAAGACAAGAACUGUGAGAAAUUGGCUAGGUACUUCGAGCUCUCCGGCCUUCCGACUGUUGUUAUUAUCGGGCCAGACGGAAAAACUCUCCAUCCCAACGCUGCCGAUGCUAUUGAUGAACAUGGGAUUGAGGCUUACCCCUUCACCCCCGAAAAAUUUGCAGAGCUUAAAGAAAUAGAGAAGGCAAAAGAGGCUGCACAAACUCUCGAAUCGGUUCUGAUUUCAGGGGAUCUGGAUUAUGUCAUCGGGAAGGAUGGGGCUCAGGUAAAGGUCACCGACUUGGUGGGAAAGACCGUUCUUCUGUACUUCUCGGCCCAUUGGUGCCCGCCAUGCCGUUCUUUCACGCCCAAUCUCGUUGAAGUAUACAAGAAGAUAAAGGAAAAGGAUGAAGCUUUCGAAGUGAUUUUUAUUUCUAGUGACAGGGACCAAACCUCCUUUGAGGAAUAUUAUUUUGGAAUGCCUUGGUUGGCUCUUCCGUUCGGCGAUGCUCGGAAGUCAUUGUUGAGUCGCAAAUUCAAGGUCCAAGGCAUCCCAAUGCUUAUAGCCAUUGGACCGACCGGAAAAACCAUUACGACAGAGGCGAGGGGUCUGGUCUUGGCUCAUGGGGCGGAUGCUUACCCUUUCACCGAGCAGCGGUUGAAAGAGAUUGAAGCAAAGUAUGAGGAGAUGGCAAAGGGGUGGCCAAAGAAACUGAAACACAAAGUGCACGAGGAGCACGAGCUGGAGCUCGCUCGUCGUGGUUCUUACGUCUGCGACGGAUGUGAAGAACCAGGAGAAGUCUGGUCGUUCUACUGUAAAGAAUGCGACUUCGAUCUGCAUCCGAAGUGUGGCCUGGAAGAAGACAAAGAAACCAAAGGUGAUGUGAAGGAGGAAGGAAAUACAAAGGAAGGUUGGGUCUGUGAUGGGGAUGUCUGCACUAGAGCUUCAUGAAUUAUAUCCGUUAUAUAUAUAUAUAUGAACAAUGGUUGUUCCUGCUGAUGCUUCUAUGAUCAUAUGUUUGCUAUAUAAUAAAAUGUGGAGUUGUAA